AUGCCCCUCUGGCAGAUCUACCACCCCCCGGGUACUUUCGAAGAUGCCUCAUCCAAAGAGUCCUUCGCCAAGGACAUCACCCAAAUCUACACAUCCGUGGGCCUACCUGCCUUCUACGUCGUCGUGCAAUACCAUAAGAUCGACAACCACAACGUCUUUAUCGGUGGAGAUUCACUCUCCCAAGCAAGCGAGGUUCGCCAAAAGCCGUUUAUUCGUCUGGUCGUGGACCAUAUCGCCGUGAGAUUGCCGGAUGAUGAUGCGCUUUACGCGCGGACGACGACGCGGAUCGAUUCAGUGCUCCGGCCGCAUUUGUUGGAGAAGGGGUUCGAUUACGAGUAUCAUGUUGAUGAGACGGAGAGGAGGCUGUGGAAGAUUAAUGGAUUGAUUCCGCCACCGCAUAAGAGUUCGGAGGAGAGGGUUUGGUUUGAGGAAAAUCGGCCGUUGCCGUGGGAUGGGGCUUAUCCGGCAAAGACACUGCGGCAGUCGUUGUGA